AAGGUUAUCUCGGGUGAAGCUUGAAUUUCAUUAGUGAACUUCUAGCUGACGAGAGUCGCUAAAAAAUUAGAACACCUUUUGCUUAUUUACUCCAAAUUUACUUCCUUACGAAUACGUCGGUAAAACUCAGGAUUGGUAACAGUUCUAAAUUGGAGACGCAUUUUUGAGUUGUUUCAGAGUGUGUAAAUUCUCCGGUUGUGACCAUGCUGCCCCGCCUGCGAGCGCUGCUGCCCAUCGCGGUAUGUGUGACGCUGGCUCUCAUCCACGGCUGCUCCGCUGAGGACGGCGACGACGCCAAGUGUGCGGCCCAGUCCGGCAAGGACUGUCAUGCGUGCCUUCAGUUUGCUCAGUGCUACUACUGUACAUCGAGCAAGAAGUGCGCCUACAACCCCGUCAACAGCUUCCUGCCAAAGGCCAGCGACUGCUCCCUGGCGGACGUCCGCUGGGGCACCUGCUGGGUGAAUUUCCUGGCGCUGAUCAUCAGCCUGGUGGUGAUUGUGCUGGUGAUCGCCCUCUCCAUCGGCUGCUGGUGCCACUGCUGGUGCAAGCGCCGCCGCACGCGCAGUGUGGAGCGGGACGAGCAGCGGUACGCCCGGGAGCGCCAGGAGAGGGAGCAGCGGCAGGCCGAGCGGCGUGCCGAGAGACAGACCCGCACCGACGCCAUCCGAGACAAAUACGGUCUCAGCGGCACCAGCCAAACGGGAGUGGGCAAGAAAUCCAAGAAAAACUACCAGCGCCUUCCGUAGUCUCCCGCGUCUCCGCCUGAGAAAGUGAUUUUGUGCCUGGGGACCGGGACCUCGCCGGGUCCCUAGGCGAGGCCCUUUGAAUAGUCAAUUGAGGUCCUUUGGUUUCGUUGAGCCUUGCCCAUUUCUUAAGUCAGCGUCGCUAUUUAUAUCGUAUGACAUACAUGGAGGAUGUUUAAGGUCGUAGAACAAAUAACUGCCUGUAGAAUUGAACAUGGCAUAUGAUGCCACUUUUAUCAAUCAUACACUGUUAUGAGUUCCCAUGCCCUACUUGUUCGUGCUUCGUUUUACAUAACCAUAUGUUGUUUAGUCACAUGACAUAUGUUACCUUGCAAUAGCUUCGUUUACCUUGUCUGUCUCGCUCACUGUCAAUACAAUGUAUUUAAUCAUAUCGAGAUGAUUUUUUAUCAUCUUGGUGCUCCCGUCCCUUCCCUUAUCGAUGUCUCGUCCCGCCCUCCGGGUCAAACCGUCACCGUUGGUUGACUCCAGUCGAGUCAACUCCGGAAACCUGCUGUCAAUUAGAGCGCGGCCUAUCUCUGGGCACAGGACUGUGGUGCUGGCUCGCCAACUGGUGGCCGCCUCCGAGUUUUGACUUCAGCUCAUUGUGUCCCUACCCCUGUCGUCAUCUGGUCCUGCAAUAGCAAUAGGUCACACACAGCAAAAUACUCGUACAUGAGAAU